UUUCUCAACUUUAAGACAUAUAUCAAGAUUUGCAAUUUUCUUGAAAACAAGUGAAAAUGAUUCCUUGUCUCUGAACUGAUUUUGCUGAUCACACACAAAUAUCCCUCACACCAAAACUCCAUCUCAAACUGCAGCCUUAUAAAUUAAUUUCCAUUCAGACACAUACAUGUUUCUAUAAAUAAAUGAUUCCUUAAUGUUAUCAUCAUCAUCAUCUAUAUAUAUACACACACACACUCACACACACACACACACUCUCUCUUUCUUUAUGGGGUUUUCUUGAUAGUGUGUGUGUUCAUCACUCGGAUGUUUUAUUUAGUGUAAGAUCUUUCAUAAUUCUGUCUUAAACAGAUGAUGUUUUCUAUUCCAAAUAGUUUGUGUGAAGUGGGACGACGAGGGUCGUGUUCAGAUUCUUACAACAUUAUUAAUCAUGGUGAAGAAGUAGUGGUGGUGAAUAUGAGUUCAUCAGCUACAGAAAAUGUUGAAAAUGGAAAGCUGCAUAGCACAAGAUCCAUCGCUGAUGAGGCAAAAGCAGCUGCGGCAAGCAACAGUCACAAGGAAGCCGAACGCCGCAGAAGAAAGCGAAUCAAUGCCCACAUCGCCACCCUCAAAUCCGUUCUCCCAAACGUAAUCAAGACGGACAAGGCUUCUCUACUAGGAGAGGCGGUGCGGAGGGUGAGAGAGCUGAAGAAAGCAGCGGCGGUGGCGGCGACGGAGGAAACAGGUGGCUGCGAUUUGACGUGGAAAGUCAUGUUCCCUAGUGAAACAGACGAGGUGAAAGUGUGGCAGUGCGAUAAUUCGGGCCUGAUUAAGGCGACAGUGUGCUGCGAGGACAGGCCCGAAAUGGUGGUGGAGUUGAUACGGGCCCUGAAAGCAGUGGAGGCGAAGGUGGUGAGGGCAGAAAUGUCCACAGUUGGGGGGAGGACAAGGAGUGUUCUGUGGGUUAGAUUGGGUGUCGGGGGCGAAAGCGAUGUGGGUUUGGGUUUGGGGAAGCUGAGGAGAGCACUGAAGAUGGUGGUGGAUAAGCCCGUCCAGAUGGGCCCGAAACAUUGUUCUGCUGUUUCGGGCUCUUGAAGGAGCUGUAAUUUUCACGGGUCAGAGGAUGUGGGGACGAGACAAGAACAUGGGUGGGGUGUGUGGAUCAUGGUUUUAUGUUUUCCACUUCAGGUAGUUUGAUUAACUGUUAACGGGUAAUGUCUGGCGGAUCCGGGCCGGUUCCUCUGACUUGUAGAUAAACAUACCAGACCUCUACUCUUA